CUAGGUCCUCGUACAGAUCACUGGGUUUCCUUAUUCCAUGCAGCCAGAGGACAGGAGCUCUGAACCCUCAGUUUCAUUCCAGAAAAGAUCCUUCAUUACUUCUUUAGGACGAGAGCUCACUGUAAACAUGGUUGAUAGAAGCAUUGCACUGGAGGCUCUGGGAGCACUCUGCAACGGCAACGUGACGUCUGUCCAGCAACAAGCAUCACCAGCUGGUUUUUCCAAAAAGAACCUUCAAGUGGGACCACGGCAGAAUCUGUCCAUCAAGCUUCUCAUCCCGACUGUUAUUGAUGGAGAUGAACACUCCCAAGUGUCAAGAUCCAGCUUCUACAGCAUCAAGUCCAUCCUGGACGGCAGUGGUGGAUCUGACUUUCCCGAACUGGACGAACCGGUUGUUGAUAUCCAGAAGAAUCUCAUUAUGGAUGAAGAAGAAUUCUUUGCCCCAGAGUAUGACUAUGAUUUCAAAAACCUGACUGAGACUGAGACCUAUUGGAGAGGUGGAGAGAAGUACGAGCGUCCAUGUGGUUGGUACCGAUUUGGACUCAAGGUGCUGGACAAGUAUUGUGGAAAUACCUGGCUGGGAACCACGUACCGUAGCACCCAGUCGAGCCCCGGGGAGUGGCCUGUGUCUUACCACGGGACAUCAAAGACAGGUGCCGAAGGCAUCAUCGGAGAUCACUACCAGCCAGGACCAGGGCAGGUCUAUGGCAGGGGGAUUUACUCCACACCGGACAUAAAUGAGGCGAACCGCUACGCCAAAACGUUCACCUCCAUCAAGAAUGGCAAGUCGUACAAAGUGUUUCUGCAGAAUCGAAUCAACCCUGAGUACAGAAAGAAGUACGUUAAUGACCUCUACUGGCUGGUCCCCAUCCCAAAGGGAACAUCAGAAGAUGAAGAGCAGGAGAUGGUAGAGAGGGCCAUCCGUCCUUAUGGCCUUCUGCUGAAAGAGGUCUGAUAGAGGAAGAUCUCUCUCUCUCUCUCUCUCACACACAGAUAUAUACAGUAUACAUACACACACACACACACACACACACACACACACAUCUGGCCAGUUGUGGAGCUUUGAACAAUUCCUGUCUUUUUAUUGUAAUACGAACAAAGUACUCCGAUGCUGUCAAAUGUGAUUUACAUAUCAAGAUGAAUAUCGAAAAAUAAUAUCUCAUCUGUAUGUGUGCUGUAUAGACGGAUGGAAUAAACAACCUGCAUUCUA